AUGGCUUCCAUGUUUGAGCAGCCUCGAAACGGCACCCUUUUCUUGGGUGGUCAGAAGAUCUCCGGAUCCGAUAUUAGAGACCAGAACGUUCUUGCUACACAGGCUAUCGCCAAUGUUGUUAAGAGUUCUUUCGGCCCUAGCGGUCUUGACAAGAUGAUGGUGGACGACAUCGGUGAUGUUACUGUUACCAACGACGGUGCUACAAUUCUCAGCCUCCUCGAUGUCGAGCACCCCGCCGGCAAGAUUCUCGUUGACCUUGCGCAACAACAAGACAAGGAGGUCGGUGACGGUACCACCUCUGUCGUUCUGAUCGCUGCCGAACUUCUACGACGUGGAAACGAGCUUAUGAAGAACCGGAUACACCCUACUACUAUCAUUACCGGAUACAGACUUGCCCUGCGAGAGGCUAUCAAGUACUUGAACGAGAAUGUUAGCAUUAAGGUUGAGGACCUUGGCCGCGAAUCCCUCAUCAACAUUGCCAAGACUUCCAUGUCCAGCAAGAUCAUUGGAGCCGACUCAGAUUUCUUUGCCGAUAUGGUUGUCGAUGCUAUGCAGGCUGUCAAGUCUACCAACAACCGAAACGAGACCAAGUACCCCGUCAAGGCUGUCAACAUCCUCAAGGCUCACGGCAAGAGCACUCUCGAGUCCGUUCUCGUUAAGGGUUACGCCUUGAACUGCACCGUUGCCUCGCAGGCUAUGCCCACACGAAUCCAGGACGCCAAGAUUGCUGUUCUGGACAUGAACCUGCAGAAGGAGCGCAUGAAGCUUGGUGUUCAGAUUACCGUUGACGACCCUCAACAACUCGAGCAGAUCCGAGCUCGUGAGGCCGGCAUGAUCCUUGACCGAGUUGAGAUGAUUCUCAAGGCUGGUGCCAACGUUAUUCUUACAACAAAGGGUAUCGACGACCUGGUGCUUAAGACCUUUGUUGAAAAGGGUGCUAUGGGUGUUCGAAGAUGUAAGAAGGAGGAUCUCCGACGAAUUGCACGAGCCACCGGCGCUACCAUGCUGAGCACACUCUCUGAUCUUAACGGUGAUGAGAAGUUCGACCCCUCAUACCUUGGAUACGCCGAGGAGGUUGUCCAAGAGCGCAUUUCUGAUGAUGAGUGCAUCUUGGUCAAGGGUACUAAGGCCCACUCUUCCGCAUCUUGCAUUCUCCGUGGCCCCAACGACUACACCCUUGAUGAGAUGGAGCGAUCCGUCCACGACUCUUUGUGCGCUGUGAAGCGAACCCUUGAGAGUGGCAGCAUUGUCCCUGGUGGUGGUGCUGUUGAGACAGCUCUGCACAUCUACCUCGAGGAGUUUGCCGGUACCGUUGGCUCUCGAGAGCAGCUUGCUAUCGGAGAGUUCGCCCAGUCUCUGCUCGUUAUUCCCAAGACUCUGGCUGUCAACGCCGCCAAGGACGCUGCAGAGCUUACCGCUCAGCUCCGAUCAAGGCACGCUCUGUCACAGCGCAUUCAGGAGGGUGAUGGCAGUGAGGACGAGAAGACCAUUGCACGAAAGAAGGGUUACAAGAACUACGGUCUGGAUCUCGCCAAGGGCAAGGUUGUUGACGAGAUCAAGAUCGGUGUGUUGGAGCCCAGCAUCAGCAAGGUCCGACAGCUGAAGAGUGCCGUUGAGGCCUGUAUCAGCAUCAUGCGUAUUGAUACCCUGAUCAAGUUGGAUCCUGAGCAAAGGGAGGACGAUGGACACGGUCACUAA